AUCAGCAACGUAUUUCGGGUCCAGGCGGAACAGAUGGGGUCCCCACAGGGGUGGGGACCUCAUCUGUCCCUGUCCCUGUGGGGUUUUCUUUCUCUCUCUCUCUCUCUCUCUCUCUCCCCCCUCUGAGCAUAUGUUUACAUGUACAUGUCAAUGCAUAAAUAAUUCAUUAAGUGCCAAACCAAAACCCAGCCUUAAUUAAUAAUAUCACCUAAUAAAUAAUAAUCACCUAAAAAGCACAUGGUCAAGCACAUGUUAAGUUUAUAGUGCCAGGAGAAAAGAAACCAAUACCUUCCAGUAUGUAGUGGUAAGCCCAGUUGUGUUAGAUAAUAAUCAUAGGCCCUGUAUAUCUAGUGUCAGCACACAUGUAACUGUACAAGCCAUAUUGGUAACAACAGCUUUUUAAGGCAGGCAGGGAGGUGAGAGUUUGGCCAUUAAAAACGUUUUAACCCCCAGUUCCGGUUCUCAAGACCGGACUGCCUAGCCUGCUGUUCACCACGGCUUUCAUGCUAACACAGUAGUUGUAAAAGUUUGUUUAUAUUGUCACAUGGUAUGACGACAAUUGGUGUCUCUGAGUCGUGAAAAGAGGGUCGAGGGCGAGGUGCUGGGUGGAUAGCCAGGAAAGAAGUCUAGGCGGGUAGGCAGACUAGGAGCAUCAACUGACUGUGGCCAACACUCCGACGUCUGACUAUCGACAAGAGUUGGGCGUAGUGUCCUUCUCUUAAACUAAUUGUCAUAUUAUUUAAUAAUCUCUCUCUCUCUCUCCCCCCCUCCAUUAGUGGUUAUAUCCCAUCAGUUCCUCCAUUAUCAGAUGGUGAUAGUAGCUAUCCAACAGUAUCAACAAUAUCCUCCUCAAUGCCCCGCCCCCUCUCCUCCUCCCAUUACCCCUCCCUCUCUCCUUUUAUUCCUCCUCCUCCCUCUUCCAUCAUUAACACACGGGGGGACAUCCCCUCUGUUACCAUGACAACCAGUAGCAUCCCCCUCUCCCCUCCUAUUACCAGUACUAACUCUUCAACCAGUAGCAGUGGGUCCAGUGAUACUCCUCCGGUAUCUUAUGUAUCAACUUCUUCAACUGGUUCACUAUCUUCUACUGCCCCACCCACACUAAUUACCACCAGUAGUUAUUCAUCAGUUAACGCUACUGCUAGUAAGCUCCACCCAUCAAGUUCCACUCCCACUCCCUCAUCAAGUGCCACACCUACUCUUCCCCCUCCCACUACUGGUACUACAGAGGGGAUACCUCCCACGGGACCACCAGAAGAGGAGGAGUCACUCACUAGUAUAUCAAUAUUCUUUAUAUUGGUACUGUUAGGUUUGUCAGUGGUGAUGGUUCAUUUAUUAAUUAAAAUGGAGUUCCAUUAUCUUCCUGAGAGUAUAGCCUUUGUCAUACUGGGGUUCCUUGUUGGUGGUGGUAUGUUUAUCUUUACUUAUUUCAUUGGUGGUCAUGACUACAGAGGUCAUGAAACACUCCAUCCUCAGUUCUUCUUUCUAGUUCUUCUCCCUCCAAUAAUAUUUGAAUCAGGAUACUCACUACAUAAGGGUAAUUUCUUUCAGAAUUUAGGGUCCAUUGUUAUAUUUGCAGUACUGGGUACUGCCAUUAGUGCAGUGAUAGUGGGAGGGGGCCUGUAUCUGUUGGGAGUGGUCAGUAUUAUACAUAUUAAUACAUACAGUAUUGAGACUAUGUAACUAAUGGUACAUGUACUUGUACAUAUUG